AUGGCAGAAACAGUACAAUUUUAUCUUGAACAAAUGGUACCCGAGCUCGAAGAUUUGGAAAGAAAAGAAUUAUUUUCUAAUGCUGAAAUCAAAAAUAUUGUCAAAAAGAGAACACAUUUUGAAUAUGCUCUUAAAAGAAGACCAACUAGAAAAAUAGAUUUUGUGAAUUAUAUAGAAUAUGAAAAGGAUUUAGAACAACAACGUAGAAAAAGAAAACAACGUUUUGGUAUAAAAAGAAAAAUAUCGCUAUCAGAUUAUUCAUUAACACAAAGAAUAUUUAAUCUUUAUAAUCGAGCAAUUACAAAAUUUCACAGUGAUAUAGAAUUAUGGUUACAAUAUAUAGAAUUUGCUAAAUCUGUUGGCGCAACAAAGUUGAUUGGUAAGAUCUUUGGAAGUGCUGUACAAACACAUCCUACCAAACCCAUUUUUUGGAUUCUUGCAGCAAAAUGGGAAUUUGAAGAAAAUGCUAAUAUAUCUGCCUCUAGAGUUUUAAUGCAACAAGGUCUUCGUUUUAAUCCAGAAACAAUUCAAUUUUGGCAUGAAUAUUUUAAGUUGGAAUUAAUGUAUAUUGAAAAAAAUAAAGAAGCGUUGUAG